AUGAUAUCACUGAUUCAGUUAUUGAAUACCUCAUUUCUUUUGCUUUUGUUGGUUCCCUUCGGCGCAGAUUUUGGGGUGAAAUUGACAAGCUACCAACUAAACAAACCCACUCGUUUGACUCUUCUUUUGGUAGCACUUAUAAAUUUCAGACACCGGCUAGUGUAUUAUGCCCAAUCUUUGCUUGAUCUACUGUUUGGAACUAGUCCUGAUCUUAGCAAGAGCCCCAAAAUCAAAGAAAUAUAUGUCCACCCAGUGAAAUCAUUACGGGGAGAUUCGGUGCAGGAAUGGGAAAUUGACCAGCAUGGGUUGAAAUGCGAUCGAAUGUAUACGCUUGGAAUAUUCAGGGAUGGCAAGUUCAAAGCGGUUACUCAAAGAGAGUGCCAGAAAAUGACGUUAGUGUAUUGUGACAUUGAUAAAGAGAAUAAAUGCUUUAAGUAUACAUGGGACCUUGGCAAUGGACCGGGGUCUUUCACAUUACCUAUGGAACCAGACAUUGCAUCGGUUGAUUCACAAAAACCAGUUGAACUUUGGGGAGUUAACUUUGAAACUUAUGUUCUUCCAGAUAUGAUCCCGUCAAAGUUUUUCGAAGAUUUAGGAAUGGAUAAGGACACUCAAAUUCUGUACUCUCCAAAGGGCAAGGCUGUCAAGACAAAUGCUCCUCAGUUUAACAACCAAUAUCGAUUCUCCCUCUUCCAGGACUAUUAUCCCCUAUUAAUGGUAAGUGAUAAGGACAUCGAUGAUCUCAACGUUCGAAUAAAGGCUAAAGGCGGUAAUCUUGUUUGCAGUGCUAGAAAUUUCAGACCAAAUAUGGUCCUUGAAAGGGUUGGGAAGCUGUUUGACACUGAUACUUGGGAUAAAUUUUCUGUUUACACCAAAGAUGGAAAAGUCCACCAUUGGAGUGUAACCUCCAAAUGUCCCCGUUGCCCCAUUCCCAAUAUAAAUACAGAAACUGGUGUCAAUGACAACAAAAGUAUAGUUUCCAGGGUACUUUCGACUUACAGAAGAGUAGACUUUGGAAGCGUUUACGACUCCUUCUUCGGGAUGUCAUGUGUGCAGCACGAUUACAAUUAUUCUAUUAGCGUUGGCGAUGCGGUUGUGGUCAAAAGUAGACGAAUCAACCAUUAUGAGUGUAUUGGUUAG